CGUAGCAGCCAAGCAUUGGCCCAGGGCUGCAGGCUGCAGCGUGCGUGAGGUGGUGCCCUGCAUGCAUAGAGGAGCAUUAAUGGAAGCUUAAUUUCUCCCAGCACCAAUUUUAAGAAAUGAAAUAUGUCGCGGUCAGCGCGUCUCUUUUUGCGACUUGUUUUGUGGAAAGUUUAUUGUUCUGAAGUGCCUGUGGACGAGAUGCGGAUGCGGAUGCGGAUGUCAAGUUUAACUCUUGUGGCUUGUGUCUGACUGAUUGAUUGAUUGAUUGAUCGGCGCGGGUGACACACGGACGGACAAGGAAGGACAAGAACUACCUAGGAUUUGCACAAGGCAGAGUAGUAAGCUAAAGGUUUAUCAGGGAGGGAGUGUCAGCUUCAUCUCUUUCUUAUCGCUCGCUGGACGUCUUCACUUCUCAUCCUUCAUUUUCAAAUCGAGUUCAAUCAAUUCGCUUCAGCAUUGGGGAGCUGUGCGUACUGUACAGAUAUUUUAGAUCCAGCCGUCACGAUGGAAUUAUCCCCUUUACACCCCCCAACAGAGAAACGUCCUCUAUCUGAAUCGACGCGAGGAUGGAUACACCCCACACAUCCCCUACUGGGCACCCAAGGCCGAGUCCGGAUACGUGCGCAUUUCACGAUUACCGACUGGCUGUUGAUGGGAGGAAUUCUCCAAUCUGUCAUCAUCCUCUUACUGCCUAUUCGUCCCUUCUACGCGUUACUACCGACGUUUGGACUUGCAAUAUUCAAAGUCACGAGACUGGUUCUGAAGAUUUAUGGGCUGGUUGAGAAUCCGUUGAUGGAAGGAGUUAAGCAUGGGAGGUUAAGUGCUGUGUUUCCGCCGGCUGAGACGGGAGAGAAGGGGACGGGGAUGAUGAGGCAGGUGGGGGGGAGUGUUGGGGGAGGGGAGAUGUGUAUUCUCUUGCUUUCGAAUAGGUGUACUCACCCCCUCGGACUCUUCUACUCCAAAUACCGCGAGAUGGGCACCCACGCCAAAGCCAUGUUCACCGAGCUGGAACGCUCUCCCCUCACGCACGGCUUCCUCGGCUACACAGACUACAGCUCCAACAACGUCCCUACACAGCCGCACUCCCUCUCCAUCAUGUACUUCAAGUCCAUCUCUCACGUGCACGCCUGGGCGCACAGCAGCCCUGCCCACCGCGCUGCGUGGGAGUGGUGGGAUAGCGAGCAGAAAGCUGGAAGGAUCGAUCAUCUCACUAUCGCGCAUGAGAUAUAUGGCGUGGAGGAGGGGAAGUGGGAGAAUAUCUAUGUUAAUGCGAGGCCGUUUGGGUUUGCGGAGACGAGUCAUGCGAUUGUUGAGAAGGGCGGGAGGAAACUGUGGGCUUGUCCGGCUAUGGAUGCGAGUAGGAGUUUUAGGACGUCUGGGCAGAGGUUGGGGAAUGUGAGGGGGUAG